AUGCGUCGCCGCCUCUCGCUGGAUCGACAUCCUUCGACGGCUGCGAGGUUUCCACCGUUCCUGGAGCGGUCGAGCGUGUGGAACCGGAUAUCCGCCUUCAGCUCCGCCCAUCUCAACUUCUACCGCCUCCACCUCCUCGCCUUCACCUUCCUCCCGCUCAUCGCCUCAGGCAUCUUCUUCGCCUCGAAUGGCCCGACGCAAGCGAACCAGAUUCCUUACAUCGACGCGCUGUUCAUGUGCACGUCAGCCAUGACUUUGACAGGCCUGAACACUGCAUUGUUCGCCAACUUGACUGUCUGGCAGCAAUUCAUCCUGUUUUUCCUCAUGAGCAUCGGUUCGACCUCGUUCGUCUCCAUGAUCACGAUCAUCAUUCGACGGCAUUUCUUCCGCAACAAGUUCGAGUACAUGGUUGCGAACGACGAGGAGGCGCGCACGCGGGUCAACGAGGUGGGAGAAGGCGAGGCUGCUCGCCACGGCCGCUCGUACCACGCUUUCGACGACGCUCAUCAACCGACCCGACCCUGGUACACGCAUCUCCUACCCGGGCGGAGAGGAGGCGAGCUGCCCGCCGCACCUCGUGCGAAUGGCUCACUCGGCGAGGAGCUUGGCGGGCAGUGGACGGCGAAGGACCGCGAGCGAAGCCGGAGGCGGACGGAGAAGCUGCGAACGGACAUGAUCAAGCGUGUCGACACGCCGGUACGGGUCAACGAGAUGAGCGUGAGUGGGUGGCUAGGCGGCGAGAAGACUGGUGAUGCGAAGGAAGGAGAGGAAGGAAGGGACGACCCGAACGUAGACGGCGGGCGGGCGAAAAACCCUAUCCACGAGGUUCGCGAGGCGCAAAGUCCGCAAGGCUUGCCGCACGCGCUUCCGCGCGAACCCAGCGUCGACCGUGGCGAGGGCAAUCUGCCACUCGCGGUCCAGGCCGCGAGGGCUUCCACCGACGAGGGAAGCGCAGAUGCCGCAGGACAUGCUCGAGCCAUCCAGAUUGACGAAUCGACACGACCGGACCGAAGGGCGCGCGAACGGCGGAAUAGCGAUUCGGUAGCGGCGACGCCAACUCGCGCGGCGGGAGCGAGUUUGCCUCGUACCCACACUCUCGAUCACCGCCAUCUCGGCCAUGUCGGGGCAAGUCUCCCCGCCCAACCACAUCCGUCUUCGCCAGCUCGCCAACAGCGGGACUUGGAGGUCGGGCGCACUCGCACUAUCGACUUCCGUGAUCCUGAUGGCGCAGGCGACCUGCGACUCCGCCGGAACAGGACGCAAGCGCUCGACCCAGACUACCCGAUUCGAAGACGCAUGUCGCAGUCCAGCCUGCACGAUGCGGAUCCUCGCGCCUUCACCAGGACCGUCACGCUUGACCAAGCCGCCAUGCACAGCGACUUCGGUGGUUUCCCGAACCCGCUCUUUGCGGCCGCUUCCUUCGCAAAAGACAAGAUCCCAGGUCUGCGCAACGUUCUGGACCGCACCGCGACUUUGCCACGAACGACGACCAUGCGCUCGACACACUCGCAAGGUCGGUCGCCCAGUCGACGACGAGAGUCAGACGGGGAGUUCAAGCCCGUUUCGUACAUCUCGUUCGACGCCAUCGUCGGCCGCAACUCCAAAUUCCACGGCUUGACGACCGCACAGCAGGAAGAGCUCGGCGGCGUCGAGUAUCGCGCCCUCACCGUCCUCCUCCGCAUCGUCUUCGCCUACUGGCUCGGCGUCCAGCUUCUCGCCGUUCUCGCCGUCGCGCCCUGGCUCGCCACGACCCAGCCAUGGAAGUCGACGAUAAGCGCUGCCGGCCCCAAUCCGACGUGGUUCUCGUUCUUUCAGGUCUGGUCAGCGUACAGCAACUGCGGCAUGAGUCUCGACGAUGCCUCGAUGGUGCCCUUCCAGAAGGCCUAUGGGCUCGUCAUCGUCCAGGGCUUGCUCAUCCUCGCGGGCAAUACGGCGUUUCCGGUCUUCCUCCGUCUCCUGAUCUGGAUCGUCAGCAAGGCGGUGCCGUCCCGGUCCCGCACUCGCGAAACCCUACAGUUCCUGCUUGAUCAUCCGCGCCGCUGCUUCAUCUACCUAUUCCCGUCGUACCAAACCUGGUUCCUCGUCUUCAUGCUCGUCUGUCUCAACGGCAUCGACUGGGCGUCCUUCCUCGUUCUCGACAUCGGCAAUCCUCAGAUCGAAGCGCUGCCUACGGGUGUCCGUGUCAUCGACGGGCUGUUCCAAGCCGUUGCUGUCCGGACAGCAGGAUUCGCCAUCGUCUCGCUGUCGACGGUUGCUCCCGCCCUUCAGCUACUCUACGUGAUCAUGAUGUACAUCGCUGUCUACCCAAUCGCGGUGUCCAUCCGGAGUACGAACGUCUACGAAGAGAAGUCGAUGGGCGUCUACGACGAGGACUUCGAGGAGGAUCCGGACGAAGCCGAAGCUCGUUUCGACAAGUCGCACUCCGCGACGCAAUACAUCGGCUACCACGCCCGCAAGCAGCUCGCUUUCGACUUGUGGUGGUUGGCGCUCGCCGUUUGGCUCAUCUGUAUCGUCGAGCGGCAUCGCAUCAGCAGCACGGACUGGCCCGAGGUCACCAUCUUCAGCCUCAUCUUCGAAAUCGUCUCUGCCUACGGGACAGUCGGCUUGAGUCUGGGCAACAACCGAACCGCCACCUCGCUUGCAGGCGUUCUCUCGACUAUGUCGAAGCUCAUUGUGUGCGCCGUGAUGCUUCGAGGUCGGCACCGCGGCCUGCCGAUCGCCAUCGACCGCGCCGUCCUCCUCCCCUCCGAUCUCGAGAAGCAUUGGGACGACACGCUCUCGAUCAACUCCAGGGAAGACGCUCCCGGCGAGCUCGGGCGGAGGACAAGAACGAGCUUCAGCAGCCAUACGGCCGUUGCCGGCGGAGGCUUGCAAGCGGUCGAGCCGCUGACUGACGAGGAUCGCCGACAUCGCCUUCGUCGGACGUCGGGCGUGCGGCAAGACGACACGAACGGCGAUGCAGAAGCAGAGGUCGGGCGUUCGUCGUCUCUGAACGGCUCGAAAGAAGGGAUCGCCGGCUCGGCGGCGUCGCAUGAGCCAUGA